GUACACAAUUUUAUUGUUUUUUUACAGCGAUUCACAAUGACUUCUUAUAUUGUGAAAGGUUUUGUGAAAUAAAUUCAUCGCUCAUCUUGUAACUUGAAAAUUAUACAGUCAAACAACCAUACAUACAUUUGUCUCUAAUCCGAUUGUGGAUAUUGUUCUUGAUUAACUUCAAAGUGAAAAAAUUCAUCCCAGCAAACAAGGACUUGAUCUAGCGGCCGAUAAUAUCACUAGUUUUGAACCUGUAGGUCUCUUAUACAAAUCCCCUGAGUAGCACCUAAUUAUAAAAAAUCAAAUCUAUAUCAUCCUUAUAAAAUACACAAAAACCAUUUCACAUGUUGGAGUUUGCAAUAAAUUUACUAGUUACAAUUUUCCAAGGUGUGUUAGAGAUCAUGUUUUUGAAUCUUUGUAAUGACGAAACAUGAAAUUUUCACCAAUAUUUUUGGUUUGAGGUAGAGUGAUAUAUGACAAUCCAAAUAUACUACAUCGAAAAUAUAAGAGGAAGAAUCGUUUCAUAUUAGCAAUGGCGGACCCAGAAUUGUCGUAGAGGUGUGUCGCCGAUAAAAUAAUAUAAUAAUUAAAAAAUUAAUAGAAAUUAAAUAGAAAUUACUAGAAAUUAAUUCAUAAAGUUCAUGUUUACUAGAAAUGCCUGUAAAUACAUUCAUUGCUUAUGUUGCGAAGCAAAUCCUUUUCCAUAUACACAACUAAACAAUGAUUCAUAAAUUGGUCAUUCAACCGAUUUCAAAGUUCAUUCUUGAUUAUCUUCAUAGCUGAAAUCUUUCGCAACUUUCAAUUGCAACAUGUAAAGUCAACACCAACUUCCAAAAGCAAGUAAAACUAAAGGGUAAAAGAAAAGGGAGAUGUGGUAGUGGCUCUCAGUAAUUAGAAACUAAAACGGGGUAAGGGUGAGUUUUUUAUUUUCAAUAAAGGAAGGGUCAAGGGGUGGAAACGGUGAGUUUCAAUGGAUGGGGUUAUGUUUAUUUUUUCCAUAGUUGGGUUGUGGUAGGGAUGACAACCAAACCCAUGGUCGCGGGUACUUGACCUCCUCCGACCCAGUCAACGCGGGAAUCCUUGCGUUGACUGGGUAUGGGGAGGGUAUGGAUAAAACCCCCAAAAAGGUUGAUGGGUAUGGGGUGGGUAUGGUUUUUGACUCUCCCGCCACAUACCCAUACCCAAACCCGCAAACCAAGGAUAUUAUGUUAUAUACAUAAAAUAUAAGGAGUGUAUUGUAACUUGUCAAUCGAAUGAAUGGUAAUUAAAAGAAAAAAUAAAGUGUUAAAAUGUAAUUGAUGACAACCAAACCGUAAUUUCAUCCUCUUAUGUAUUAGUUCCAUAAUUUUGGGUGGGUAGUAUCCAUAUUUGUCACCAUAUUCUUUUAUUAAUGGUGAGUAGUUGUUGGGGCGAUAUUACCCAUGGUAUCCGAAAACCACGGGUAUGAGGAUGAGUUUGUAAGACCUUCCACUGCAUGGGUAUGAGACGAGUAUGAGUUUGAAUAUUUGAAAAUGGGGAUGAGGUUGGUUUAGGUAAAUCCGUCAUAUUGCCAUCCCUAGGUUGUGGUGUGGGUUACUCUAAAACAAGCAUACUUAUUUGAAUUAACUUAUUAUUCUGUAUUAUUAAUUAAGAUAAAUAACUUUAUAACAAAAAAAAUCAUUCUCGUAUAAUGAAGGUGUGUCGCUCACAAUUAUUUAAGAUGUAUCAGUCCCGAAUUAAAAAAAAUGUACAAAAAAUAUAUAGGUACUUCACAAAAUUUCCGGGCCAGGGUGUGUCGUCCGACACACCCUGGCCCUUUACUAGGUCCGCCACUGCAUAUUAGUGUUCACCAAAUUCAUUAGUACGAGGCUAUUAGAGGAGGAUACGCAGAGUCGCAGAUAUUAUAUUCGAGUAGUAUCUGAACCUUGAGGGCUAAGCUAGCUAGGGAGUCAUCAUCUCCAAAAAAAACGAGACCAGCCAGCAAGCUAAGCAUGCACGUGGGCACGUGGCAGUGGGAGCAAGACGAGGCGCGCGAUUAGCGGACUAUCUUUCAGCUGCGCCAGCUGAAUCGACUCAACUUCUUGUUGGGUUAUGAGCUUUAGCUAGCGACGACGCUGGUUUCAAAAGGACAACCUACCACCCAAUUCGAAAAGCAUCAAGUGGGACGACGACGAGACGACCGAAUCCGCAAACCAUCCAUCGUGUUCUGCAAAAGAAAGAAAAAAAGAGAGAAAGAUCAAAACAUCGAUCGAGAACCAAAUUAAAAGCAUUCAGGAAGGCAAGUACAGCUCUUGUGUAUAGAAAAUUCUGCGAAACGUACCAGCAGAUUGUUAUAUAUAUAUAUAUAUAUAUAUAUAUAUAUAUAUAUAUAUAUAUAUAUAUAUAUAUAUAUGUAUAGGGAAGUGAAAGCGCUUUGCCCUAGGCUUAUAUAUUCGUUUUGCCUGCAGGCCGGCCUCUGCUCAUAUAUAUGAUCGUCGACCACAGGAGCAUUUUUCAAAGCAAACCCUCAUGCAUGCUAUGCUGUAUAUUAUAUUCUUUUGGAACUCACGCCCAGGGACCGAACUCUUAGAUAUGAAUGUGAAACUAACUCUUUAAUGGCAAUCAUGGUGCUCACAUCUUAAUAGGGGUGGUUAUUGUUAGUGUGUGGUAUAUGAUUCAAGAUUGAACAUCUCCCAACAAUUCGAGUUAUAGGGAUCAAUUGGUUUAUGGCAUGGUACCAGAGCUGGUUAGGCCAAGUGGUCGCGUGUUCGAAUCUCCACGACCCACAAUAUUAACAGUUGUCUUUCAAGCACAAGGUAUGACAGACCCGUGCAAACUUCAAGCCCAUGAGUUGGCUUACGUUUGAGGGGGCGUGUUAGAGAGUGGUAUAAGAUCCAUCAUAACCUUCUCGCACAGGUCCGAAUACCAUGUGCUUAACAAAUGGGUCACCGGGGAUCGAACACAAGACCUCUUGGUCAUAGAAGGCUCUGAUACCAUGUCAAGAAGCAGUUGAUCCCAAUAACUCGAGUUGUUGGAACCAGCUGGUUUAUGACAGUUAUACGGUCCGAUCAUGUCAUACACCAGUUGAUCUCAGUAACUCGAGUUGUUGAAAGAAGGUUAUGUUGAAUCUUAUACCACUCUCUAACACGCUCCCUCAAAUGAAAGCCAACUCACGAGCUUGAAGUUUGCACAGGCCCACCAUACCUUGUGCUUUAAUAGACUGUUAAUAUUGGGGGCCGUGGAGAUUCGAACACACUAUCUUAUACCACUCUCUAACAGGUCAGGGUAAACUGGUUGGGAUUGAUCCAGUCCUGGUCCGAUUUUUUUUGGGCAUAUGAGGACUAAAGAUAGGAUUGGAUACAGGCUGGUCUUGAUCCGGUCCGAUCUUGACCAGGUCUGGUUCCAAUCCGGUCUUGAUUUUAGAUUGAGCUUGUGGGUAGGGGUGACUAUUUGGUGCAGGUUUUUGGUUUUACCCGAAACUGAACCGUAUAACCCGGAUCGAGAUCGAAUAGCACACAAUUCAAUCCCGUGUUCGGGCUUAGAUUUGAGGUAAAAAAACCGUUCGGGAUAGAAUCAAAAACCGGAUAAAAACCGUAUAAGAGAGCCUAACACCCAAAACCUAACAAACUCCUCACCCUUUAGGCCUCAGGCUACUCAAACCCUCUACAAAAUCAAUCUAAAAUCAAGACCGAAUUGGAUCGAACCGGGUCAAGAUCAAACCAGAUCAAGACUAGAACUAAAAGGUAUCCAAUCUCAUAUUUGGUUCUCAUAUUUCCGAAAAGACCGGACCCGGACGGGAUCAAUCUCAUCUUAAUUUCUUUCGAGCUACUGCUUGAAGAAGCUAAGAUUUGGUUAUUGGUCGUCCGUCACCAUUCUGCAUCCAUAACAUGACAUCGUUGCCAAGUGAAAAGAGUGUAAAAUUGUAAGAAAUGAUCCCUCUAGAUGGAUCGAGAAUCCAAUGCAUGCAGGGAGAUCAGCAGAGAUACUUUGUUAUAUUUUACCAUCUUCUUUCUAACCAACUUCGUUACUGGUAAGUGGGCUACCAUAAUUGAUUUAUAUUUAACUAAUAAGAUUCUCUUGGACUUCCUCUGACCUUUGUUUGUUAACAAUGUUAUAUGUCAGGCAGGAUUGACCUAUUCCUGAUUCUCUUAAGUGAUGAUACUACACUUUUACAUUGAGUGUACGCAGUAGGUAUAUAGUACAAUACAUAUUAGUAACGAUGGACCUCAACAACGAACAAAAUUACAUUUUAUUCUAUUGAAAUGGAAAGUAUAUACUAAACUUUCAUGGUUGGAGGAGUAAGAUCAUAUCGGAUCGCUGAGAGACAAGUUGCCUAAUGUAUAUACGGAUGAUUAUCUCAAUCAUUAUAUGCACACAAAUGUAUAUGAACAUUACUUUAUGAGUUAAAUAUCACCAUAUGUAUGUACCUAACGAUCGAUAUUAUCAAAAGAUUGUAUCUAAUUAUAUCAAAAUAGGUUGACGCCUACACCCUAAUAACACAUUCAAUAAGAAGAACAUUGUGUGAGGAGGUUUGAUUCAACAAUAUCAGUACAAAUGAAUGCCUACAACAUGUUAACAAGCCGCGCGGCGGAUCAAAAAUAUGAUAGAGCACUGAGCCACAUUUGAAAAAAGACGAAAAAAAAGCUGGAUUGUAACCCGACGAAUACUUUAAAAUAAAAAAAAUUUACAAUCGCUGUAUUAGUUCUUAAUCCAGAGAGGAGGGCUGGAUUGUGCCGGUGGAACUUGGAAGGAAACUACAGGUCUGGUCGUAAAUUCUUAAUAUCUAGGUGAUCAAUCGAUUUUUAUAUAUUUACCUGCAGACAAAAACAUCGAUUCGCUCCAUAUCGUGUAGCAGGUUUCCUUCACUCAAAGUCGUUAUUUGACCAUAUGUUCAAACUUUUGAACGCAUAAUAAAUAAAUAAAAAGGGUAAUAUUAUUUAGUUAUUAAUUUUUUUUUACUAGUUUUCUAACACGUACAGAGAUUGAGAAUUUCGACGUAAAGCAUGUGCAUGCCGGGUGGUGGGAAUGUGCAGUAAAAAAAAUUUAAAAUAGUUAAAAUUGUGGACGGCAGGCAGGCAGGCACAGUAAGACUUGCUUUCCAUUUUCCAAUUUCCUUUGCCAUCUUUCUUGGAACCCUAGCUAAGCUAAGCCAGCUGGGGGAUUUGAACCCUAAGCUAGCUAGCUAAAGAUACCCUAUAAUAAUAAUAAUUCCCUAUUAGCCUCUUUCCUAUAAAUAAUCCCCAAUUCGUUCCCUCUCCAUUCUCCUCUCUUUCUGCUGUGCAAAACCCAAGUUAUCAAAUAAUUACCCUUAAUCAAGAAGAAACAGUACUUACUUUGCAAGCUAAGCUAGCCUAAGAUCAAGAAGAAGAAGAAGAAGAAGGCCAAAGAUGGUGAAGGUGAAGUUUGUAGGGAUGCUGGUGGGGCUUCUCUUUCUCGUGAAUGUCCUAAGAGACUACUAUGCUGUUGCUCACCAAGAUGAUUUUCUGGGGAUUCAACAUUCGGAUGAUGGAAGGAAUCAUGAUAACAGUUUCCCCAUGGUGGCUUCUUCUGCCAUUGCCGAUCAAGUAAUAACUCCACAGAAAAACCACAAGGAACUUGGAGGAAGGAAAAUGGUGGUCGCGAAGAAGAAGAAGAAUAAGGCUGACCACGAUGAUGAUGAUGAUCACAAUCUAAACACUGCAGCUUAUCACAAGAAGCUGAGGUACUUGAAGCAGGCGGCUUUUCCUGCAGCAGCAGCCAGCAGCAGAGCCAAAAGCGGCCGGAAGGUUGGUGCAACUGCAGGAGAUGGUGACGACGAGAGGCUGCUAGAGGCGACAAGGAAGAUUGUUGCCCUAAUGCAUAAGGACUACAAAGGGAUGAAUAAACCCAAGCGGAAGCCGCCCAUCAACAACAAUCUUCCCGUGCACUGAAAAAUGUUCAUAACAUAUGGAUGUAAAUGUAUAGGUUUGUGGCUCACAAUUUUGGCCCUUAUUCUCGAUCGAUCCACCGCCUUUUAGUUUCUCUAGCUAACUAGCUAGCUCUCUCUCUCUCUCUCCUAUAGACAGGAAUAUAGUGAUGUCCAUCAAACCAUAUACUAGGCUAUAUAUAUAAGCUCUCUACCUAGCUUGUUUUUAUAUUUGCUCUUGACCUUUAGUUUUGGUGCUUGGUGUAAAGGUCAUGUAAAUGCAUGUUGUCAGUUUAUUGUUAAGCCAGUUAAUACAUAUAUAUAAAUCUCGGAACUGUUGUUUUAUUUUGUAUAUUUGAGAAAGGGAAGUUUUCCAAUCAUUGACGACUCAAAUCUAUUGUCAAACCCCACACAGAUGAAGUGGUAAGCCUGCCUAUCUAUUUCUCUUAUUAACUUAAUUAAGCGAUAGCAGACUGUUCGUCUGUUUGACACCGAGAAUCCCUUUCUAUAUUGUUAUAAUAAUGAAUCGGUCUCAAGGCGUUCCACUUCCAUGUAUGUUGAGAACAUAUAGUUCAUGUGCAUCCAUUGCUUAUAGGCCAAUGUUGUAGUAUUAACUUUGUAGUUUGUGGAAUAACUAGUGUAUCAAAUUUUGUUUUUGUUAUAUAUAUAUCCUAUAAGAAGUUACAUAGUUGAAGCUGAUCGGUUACGAUUGCAAUUAUCGAGGCAAGACAUAUCAUAAUCACCAAAGAUUGGAUUUUGUCGUGAUUAAUCAUUAAUUCAUUAUCACACUUUGCACGUUGAAAAUGACAAGAGAUAAUACAAUGUUAUGCUGGACAUAGAAGUCUAUCAAGCGAGCGAGAGUGCUGGUGAGAAUGUGAGCAAGUCGUUAUUUAUACUGGAUUGUUGAAAUAUACAUAACCAAAUAUAUUUCCUCAUUGGACUAUAAAUUUCAAUCAAUACAUGAAUUCUUA